AUGAUCCGUCUAAGAUACUUCUAUGAUUUGGUUACCAGUAAAGCGGUGUUGAUUACACGUACAAAGCGAAGAUUUGUUCUACUGUUGGCAGGCGCCUUGAUAAUAGCGUGUGUACAGUUGCUGUAUUCUCAUUUCCGCUCUACAGUAUUGGGCGAAAGCCGUAUACGCACUGAUGCACCGUUGAGAACACACUAUCGCAACCCAUAUUUCGAGACGGAGGAUGGGUUCCAAGUCAUUGCUGAGCAGGAGGGCAAACAUAGGUCCCUCGAAGGUGAUAUCCAUACUAUUCUGGAUUACACUGAGGAGGAGUACUAUCUGAAUGAUGAGUACCCUGAAUUCAUGAACAAGGAACGUUUAGACACUGAGCUGAAUAAACAGUCAACGUUCAAGAAGUUUGUCUCUGAACUGUUAGAGAACAUCCUCAGCUCAAAACCUAACAUCGAGGCGAUAAACAACUCAAACCAUUACAACGCGUCCAACGUCUAUCAGAAAACAGGAAUGCAUAAGAUGCCGACACUUUUAGGGAAAUUACGUGAGAAUAAUGGGGUUGAUCCAAUAAGAAGUAAAGAAUACCUCAGAAGUUAUAUGCAGCUCAGUGAAGAUGAGAUGGCACAGAUGAAGGCCUCACACCAAAAGAUAGUGGAUCUUCUUCCUGACAA